CGAGCUCCUGAUAGAGCGCUAUUACUGUAGGGGGGAGGGGCUGGUGUGGAGGAUUGGGAUGGGGGCGGCGACACAGGGUUAAGUUCUGAUACUGCCACCGGGAGAGGGGUCUGUACGGGGGUCUCAGAUUAAAGUAUAUGAGGGAGGGAGGGUGAACUGUGUCUAACGGAGCGGUUGAAAGGAGGAGGGCGUGUCUGGUGUUGGGAUUUGGAGGAAGGAUGUCUACUGGUUGCACUGAGCUUGUCUGUGGUAACUUACACCGUGGUACCUUCCACUUUCUGAGGUGUUUGGUUGCACUGUGUGCUGUCUGUGUAUUGCUUCCAGCUGUGACUGAGAGUGUUAAUGUACCAGGGGGAGAGGGGCCCCAUGAGGAGGAGCUGGAGGAGCCCCAUGAGGAGGAGGCUGGUCUGUACCAGAGCAGGGGGCCAUACAGCCCAGGUAGUGACUUGAGAGUUCCCUCAGAGGACAAUGUGGCAAUCCUGUCAGAUCAGUGGGAGCCCUCCUCCUCCUUUCAGCCCUCCAGCUCCUUCUCUGUCACAGAUCUGGGCACAAUGGCGGCCGACUCCUACAGAGGCCCCGGGAACAGCGACCGGAGAAGCAACAAAGAGCUGCCCAUACUCCUCUGGUGGAGCGAGAACUUAUUUCCCCACUUUCCGGGAGAGACGGAGCGAAUAGACUGCCCCCUCAGCUCCUGUAUGGUCACCAAGAACAAGAACGUCAAACUCCACAAGAGAACCAAAUCCAUCAUUUUCUAUGGGACGGAUUUCCGAGCCUACGAAGCUCCACUGCCCAGGUUGGCCCAUCAGACGUGGGCUUUGUUUCACGAGGAGUCGCCGAUGAACAACUAUGUACUUUCCCAUUUGCCCGGCAUUAGGCUCUUUAAUUAUACUGCCACUUUUAGAAGGGAGUCCGACUACCCUCUGACCUUGCAGUGGCUGCCCACAAUAGACUACCUGCACAACCCGGCCAUGUCUAUGGCUGAAAAAAACCGAUGGAGGAAAAACGGAUACGCUCCUGUCUUGUAUAUGCAGUCUCACUGUGACGUACCCUCCGACAGGGACCGCUAUGUGAAAGAGUUAAUGAAAUACGUGGAGAUUGAUUCAUACGGGCAGUGUCUGAAAAACCGAGAGCAUCCAAGCAAGAGACUUGAAGACACAUCAACAGCUACUACCGAAGAUCCAGAAUUCAUGGCGUUUACAGCUAGAUAUAAAUUUCACUUGGCCAUGGAGAAUGCCAUUUGCGCAGAUUACAUGACUGAGAAGCUGUGGCGGCCAAUGCAUUUAGGAGCUAUUCCAAUUUAUCGAGGGUCACCUUCUGUGAGGGACUGGAUGCCCAACAACCAUUCUAUUAUAAUGAUUAAUGACUUUGCGUCUCCAAAAGAACUGGCAGAGUUUAUAAUGACUUUGGACAGUGAUGAUGAGCUAUACAUGAAAUAUCUGGAAUACAAAAAGCCCGGUGGAACCACAAAUUCGUUUUUGUUGUCCAGCAUGGAAAAGCGAGAAUGGGGUGUGAACGACAUGACAGCACCCAAUUAUUUGAAUGGAUUUGAGUGCUUUGUCUGUGAUAAGGAGAAUUCCAGAAUCAAAGCAGAGAAGAUGUAUAAAAAAUCCCAACAAGGACGUUCUGCACCAGAGCCUCAUAUUGCAGAUUACAACCAUAUGGACUGCCCAAUGCCAACACCUGGAUUUGGUAGUGCUCAGGAAAUCCCUGAAAGUGACAGCUGGAAGCAGAUGUGGUUGCAGGAUUACUGGCAGAGCUGUGACCAGGGCGACGCUCUCACUGCAAUGAUUCAACGAAAUGAAACCAAUCAAGAUAAAUUUUGGGAUUAUAUGCAUGAAAUGUAUAUAAAACGAAGUAUGAAUCACUGACCAGUAUUAAUAUAUAAAUAUGUAUUUUUAUAUGUUUUUUUUUUUUACUAUUUCUUUGCCAAAGUUUUUAUGCCAAAAUAUUUAAAUGAAGAGGACGGAUUAAAAGAGAAAAAUAAAUCUUUUAU